AUGGCAUAUACUUUAAAAACCGAAGGAAUUAAUGCGACUUAUUUUCAUGGUGCCCUUGAUCCAUUUGAAAAGAAAGUAAAUAAUUCUGCUUGGCUUGAGGGAAGAGCACUUGUCAUUUGUGCCACAUCUGCUUUUGGUAUGGGCAUUGAUAAGCCCAAUGUCAGGUUUGUUAUUCACCUGACAAUACCAAAGUCACCCGAGGAGUACUACCAAGAAGCUGGGAGGGAUGGUGCUGCUGCAUCAUGUAUCAUCUUUUUUAAAUUUGAAGAUAGAGUAAAAAAGCUAAGAAUGAUAUCUACAUUAGAUGAUAAUGAUCACAAGAAUUUGGCACAUGAUAGCCUGAAUGCUAUGACCAUGUAUUGCAUUAGCAAUGAUUGCCGAACACAGCUUUUGUUGCAAUACUUUGGCGAAAAAAUUCCAGAAUGCAAUAAUUGUGAUAACUGUAAAAACACGGAUCACACUAAAUGUAUUGAAGCCUCAAACGAUGCAAAGAACAUAAUUAGCUGUGUUGAAUGUAUGUUGCAGAUCAGUGUUAAAGUAUCAUUCAAGGCAUUAGUGUUGACAUUUCUUGGAUCAAAGCGCAAAGAAAUUACGAAAAAGAAGUUUAACGAAGUAGACUGUUUUGGUGCUGGAAAGGGUAAAUUUUCGUUUUUGACGGCAUCAACAUUUGUACAGUUGUUGAUUACUAAAAAUAUUUUGAAAGAAAAUAUUCCAAGUAGCAAUGAUGUAACAACUAAUGCAACUAUUUCAAUUGGAGAUGGAGCCAAUGCCCUUUUAAAAGGGGAGAUUACAGUGGCACGAUAA